AUGGAAAAUUUUGAAUUGGCUUAAGAUAUGAUAAAGUAAAUUAAAAGAAUAAGUAAAAUAAUAAUUGAAUUUUUAAGCUUUAAGAUAUCGUUUAAGAUCAAAUAAAGAUGAUUCAAAUGAAAUUGUUAAAAGAAAAAGAAUACUAUAAUGAUAUUAAAUUGAAAUUUAUAACAAAAAAAAAGGUUGUUGGAUUUUAUUUUUAUUUAAUAGUCUCUUUAUACAGUAUAAAAUUAAGAGAGGAUAGAGGUUAAGAUAAUAUUUAUUAUAUAAAAAUAAGAUAAUCAUUUUCUAUAUAAAGUAUCUUGAAUUAUAACAACGAAAUUAAUUAAUUCAUUUCAAUUAAUGGCAAGAUUGUCUAUCUUAACAUCUAUAGAAUAGAAGGUAAAGGAAAGGCCUUGGUAGCAUAGAUUGAUUAGAAAUUUGAUAUUAAUGAUAAUUUUUAUUUGUUAAUAUGA